GAUCCUCGUACACGCUUCAUCGCGUUGCUGGGAGCCUUCAAAGAGGGCGCGAACACGGAACCUGUGCCUGCCAUCCUGCUGGCAGAGAAGACGCACUUUGUUGAGGACAGGCUGCCGAAGCUCUCCAAUUCCUUCAGCGAGCUCAAGUCUCUGGGCGACAAUGACAUCUACCGCUGGCUGCUUGGCUGGAACGAUGAACAGCAAGAUCGUCCUGCUGAUGUCAAACUGACGCUCAUCUCGCCCGCUACGGAGACGCACAUCCGCAAAUACUCGCCACAGAAGCUCAAGGUCAUCGUCGAAACGCCAGAGAUGUAUCGGCAAGUCGUGUUGCCAUACAUCCAGAGCUUUCCUCCAGAAAGGAUUCAGUGGGUCUACAAUAUCUUGGAUCACAUCACCGAGAGCGAUACCAUCGUCUACGAGGAUGCAUCUGACGAGCAAGGAUUCGUCAUCGUGCCCGACUUAAAAUGGGACAAGACGACCAUCAGCUCGCUAUACUUGCAAUGUAUCACCCGCAACAGAUCCCUGAGAAGCUUACGAGACCUCAGACCUGCGCACCUGCCGAUGCUCACCCAGAUCUUGUCUCACGGUCAGCGCAUCGCGCGAGAAAAGUACGGCGUACCCCAUGGCGAGAUUAGAAUGUUUGUUCAUUAUCAGCCGUCGUACUAUCAUUUCCACGUUCAUAUCGUCCACCUCAGCUCGCAAGUAGCACAGGGCGGAACUGCGCAACUGCAUCUGCUAGAAGAUGUCAUCGACAACCUCAGAUUGCAUGGCGAUAAAGAAUAUUACCAAAACAGAACGCUCACUUAUCUGCUUGGUGAGCAACACGGCCUAUUUGCAGACCUCUACGCUCGCAACGCAUCGUAG